AUGGCUGCCGCGGCCGCGUCUACAUACAAGGACCGGCAAUUCCUCGCCGUCAUUGGCGAUGAAGAUUCCGUGACUGGCCUCCUUCUCGCUGGUAUCGGGCACGUAACCGAUCCUCCCGAUGCCCAGCGCAACUUCCUAGUCGUCGAUGCCAAGACAGAGAAUUCCGAGAUCGAGCGGGCAUUCAAGAGCUUCACCGAGGAACGAAAGGACAUCGCUAUAGUCUUGAUCAACCAACAUAUUGCUGAGCGUAUUCGCCACAGCGUGGAUACCUUUACCGACCCAUUCCCUGCCGUCCUCGAAAUACCUAGCAAAGAUCACCCCUACGACCCCGAGAAAGACAGUGUGUUGAAGCGUGUUCGGCGGUUGUUUGGCGAGUAA